AAAAAAAAUAGAAGGAACACACGAUUUGGGUGAUCUGUGGCUGGCAGUUGCGUCUCCGCCUGAGGAUUCCGUUUCGAGCCACGUUCGUUGCUUAUAAAUUCGCGGAUUCCGCCACCGUCGAAACCGGCCAUUUGUCUCUGCGCACCAUGGCGAGUGCUGUUUGCGGCGGCAGCUUGGCGAGCGUGCUCGGGCCGUGCCAGCUCAGGAGCCCGAGGCGGUUCCCGCUGAAAUCCCGUAGGACGAGCUUCGAGCGCCGAUUUCUCGGGCAGAAAGUGAGGGCCUCCUCUUCGGCCUUCGUCGAAACUAAGCAGCCGUCGCCGCUGGAAUCGACUGUGGAUAAGGAGAAACUCAGCAGUAAACAGGGUGUAUUAGCUUGUCCCAUAUGUUAUGAGCCGCUGACGUCCCGUGGCGAUCUGGUGUUAUCUGUGGAUUCUGCGUCCGGGUCUACUUUGCAGUGUGGCACCUGUAAGAAGACCUAUGUAGGCAACGAAACCCAUUUUGAUCUUACAGCAACCAGUGGAACCGAGGAAUAUGGCGAAUCCAUGGCCUUUUCCGCAGAGUUAUUCAGGAUUCCGUUGAUAUCGUAUCUCUACGAGAGGGGAUGGCGUCAAAGUUUUUCAUUUUGGGGUGGUUUUCCAGGUCCAGAGAAGGAGUUCGAAUUGAUUAAGGGAUUCCUCAAGUCAGUACUGGGAGGAAACAUUCUUGAUGCAAGUUGUGGGAGCGGUCUGUUUUCAAGACUAUUUGCCAAGAGUGGACUGUUCUCUCUCGUCAUUGCUCUGGACUACUCUGAAAAUAUGUUGGAGCAGUGUUACGAGUUCAUUCAGGGGGAGGAUAAUUUCCCAAAAGAGAAGUUGGCAUUGGUCAGAGCUGACAUCUCUAGACUUCCUUUUGCUUCAAGUUCUAUUGAUGCUGUGCACGCUGGUGCUGCUUUACAUUGUUGGCCUUCACCAUCAACAGCUGUUGCGGAAAUCAGUCGAGUUUUACGGCCUGGUGGAGUUUUCGUUGCGACUACAUUCUUGCUUGAUGGCCCUUUUAGAUUGUUUCCUCUUCUGAGGCCUUUACGCCAGAAUAUAACUCAAAUAUCUGGCAGCCACAUCUUCCUAUCUGAAGGCGAACUAGAGGAUCUCUGCAGAACCUGUGGGCUGAUUGGCUUUAAAUUUGUGAGGAAUGAGCGAUUCGUGAUGAUAUCGGCUUCCAAACCCAGCUAAGAAUCCAGAUAUGCCAGCAGGCUCACCGAU